AUGCUCAUCGCACAUCGCACAGCAUAUCUCUUAUCACACCGGCUGUGUCAGAUAUACAGAAUAAAUCCAACCUCAAAUAUGUCGCUUGACUCCGAUAAAGAAGCACAGAUUCGCCAUCAGCGCGAGUCUGAGCUGAAAAGAAAGGCGUACAGAGAUAUGAAGGAAGAAACCAGAAAGGUCCUCAAACAUGCUCGCAUAGAAACACCAACCCCUGAGCCAGAUGCAGUUGGUCUCCCUAGAAAGAGAUUCUACAGACAAAGAGCACACUCCAAUCCGUUUUCAGACCAUCGUCUCGACUAUCCUCAGGAGCCAUCGUGUAUGGAGUGGCAGAAGUUGUAUCCACAUUAUUUCGACGAAACGACGGGGACCAUGAGCAAAAAUGUGGAAAUUGCUGACAUUGGAUGUGGAUAUGGAGGCCUCUUAAUUCAAUUGGCUACUGCGUUCCCAGAAAAGUUGAGUCUUGGAAUGGAGAUCAGAGUUCAGGUGACACAAUACGUGGAAGACAGAAUCAUUGCCUUGAGAGAACAGAACAAGGAUGCAGAGCAGUACCAGAAUGUAGCUGUGUUGCGAGGAAAUGCCAUGAAAUUCACGCCCAAUUUCUUCUUCAAGGGACAAUUGUCGAAGAUGUUCUUCUGUUUCCCAGAUCCACACUUCAAACAGAGAAAGCACAAGGCGCGGAUCAUCACCAGCACUCUUCUCUCGGAGUAUGCUUACGUUUUGCGCGAGGGCGGAAUUAUCUACACCAUCACCGAUGUGGAGGAUUUGCACAAGUGGAUGGCCAAGCAUUUGGAGGAGCACCCAUUGUUUGAAAGAAAGAGCGUAGAGUGGGAGAAGAACGACAAAUGCGUACAAUUAAUGAUGAACUCGACUGAGGAGGGACAAAAGGUGGAGCGUAACAAGGGAAGCAAAUACGUUGCAUGCUUUGAGAGGCUACCAACGCCAGAGGACUGUGACUAA